UUUUUUUUUUUUUUUUCAUUAAAAUCAUACCAAUAUGGCCACAUCAACAACAGUCCCUUCAGCGGCACGAUUAGCUCAAUUAGCACAACUUUCCAGCAAAAUAUUCCAAACUGUUUAUAAUCCAACAGCAGCAAGAACUGGCAACAAAAUCUUACGACAACGAUUAUUGGGUCCUACCAUGACUCAAUAUCACCCUACCCCCUUGAUCCAUUUCCGUGAUAUCAAAGCUGCUUAUCCUGAACUUGGUUUAGUGAAUAUGGAUGAACAAGCUCGUUUAGAUGAAAUUGCUCGACGAAAGAGACGUGGAAAGGGUGCUCCAAAGAAAGGUCAAGGCAAACGUGCUUCCAACAAGAAGAAAUAGAUUAUUCAACAUUAGAUUUUUGUACAGUUUUAGUUAUUAUUAUUAUUAUCAUUAUAUAUAUAUGGAAAAGAAUAAAACAAUACAACACAUGCUUUAUCAUCAUUUUGAAUUAAAAAAAAA